CCCACUCAUCCAAUACAAUCUCAGUAUACAGAACAGGGGUGUCUGGUUUCUCCCAGUAAAUUCUUACACUUACUGAGGCCAGCCCAACUACAAAACUGGAAUUAGUGUGUCUUCUUUGUCAGUUUAUUCCAUUGUCACUGUGAAUACAUCCAGGAGGUGAGCUUAGCGCCUGACAGCAUGUCUGACACAGAAGAAGUGGAUUAUGAGGAACAGCAAGAGGAAGAGGAACAGGAAGGAGAAGAAGAUUAUGGAGAACACAUAGAAGAGGAGGAGCGCCCCAGGCCAAGCAGGCCAAUGAUGCCACAGCUUGCCCCUCCAAAAAUCCCAGAGGGAGAACGAGUUGACUUUGAUGACAUCCAUAGGAAACGCAUGGAAAAAGAUCUUUUAGAACUUCAGACAUUGAUUGACGUCCAUUUUGAACAGCGUAAAAAGGAGGAGGAAGAAAUUAUUGGAUUAAAAGACAGAAUAGAACAUCGCAGAGCUGAACGUGCUGAGCAACAACGGUUUAGAACAGAAAAAGAGCGGGAGAGGCAAGCCAGAAUGGCGGAAGAAAAAAUGAGAAAAGAAGAGGAAGAGGCCAAAAAACGUGCUGAUGAUGAUGCCAAGAAGAAAAAAGUACUUUCCAAUAUGGGUGGACAAUUUGGAGGAGGUUAUCUAAUGAAGGCAGAGCAGAAGAGAGGAAAGAGACAGACAGGACGUGAAAUGAAGAGAAAGAUGCUGGGCGAGAGACACAAACCUUUAUGUAUUGAUCACAUGAAUGAAAAUCAGCUAAGGGAACAAGCAAAGGAGCUGACAGACUGGAUGUUUCAACUGGAAUCUGAUAAAUUUGAUCUUAUGGAGAAAAUGAAAACUCAGCGAUAUGAGAUUAAUGUCCUCUACAAUCGCAUCAGCCAUGCACAGAAGUUCAAGAAAGGGGCAGGAAAAGGUCGUGUUGGUGGACGCUGGAAAUGAGCAGCCAUGAUAAUUGCUGGCCAUCCCUGAAGUGCCUUGUGAUGGACAUUCUUUUCUGUAGUCUUCAUUGUGUACUUUUCCUAGACUAUCUUCAAAAUUCAGCCCACUAGUAAUCUUCUAUUAUGGAUGCAGGGAUGCACAGAAAACCAAGUCAAAGGGAUUCAACUGCUCCAAAUAUUUUGCUUGCUAAAUAAAAGAAAGCAAUGCAAAAUCC